AUGGGAUUGAGAAGCAAAAAAUUAAGUGUUGUUCUGUUAUUGUUAUUGUGUUUGUCAUCUCCAAUUUCGGGCCAAUUCAAUAUACCAGCUAGGCCGGACGGGCUAUGGUAUGGGGACAAAAGACUCGAGCCGGGUCAGAUACUGAUAGAGGCAUUUUUAGACCCGGUUUGCCCCGACAGCCGAGAUUCAUGGCCGCCCCUCAAGAAAGCACUCGAGGAUUAUGGCGAUCGCGUUAAGCUCAUUACUGCAAAACUUUGGUAUGAAUAUAUUGCAGAGGCAUUUUUCAAUAAUCAGGAAAAUUUUUACGGGGAUUCGACAUUUAACCUGUCGAGAGCAAUUAUAACUGAUCGUAUCGUGAAGUUCUCAAUUAAGGCACUUGGAGACUCUUUUCAGUCUGCAAUUGAAUCUGGCUUCGAAAACAAUGCAACAGAUUAUUUAACCAGAGUUGGUUUCAAGCAAGGUUGCAUACGAGGAGUCUAUGCGACACCGUAUUUCUUUGUUAAUGGGUUUACAUUUGCAGAACCUGGAUCAGCUCAGAACUAUAGCACAUGGAGAAAUGUUUUAGAUCCUUUAGUUGGCAAGUAA